UGCCGUCUGAAGGUUUUGUUGAUUAGAUAUGAUGCUGUAAUUUCGUGAUACAUCUGGCUGGUGAGGAUGGGCGAGGCUCAAAUCAUGUUUUUAUGAAACGUUAACAUGAACAUUUAAUGUUCAACAUGCAUUUGAAAGCAACAAUGUCUUGAGCUUCUUUCUUGAUUGACAAGACAUUGUUUUAAUGGGAAUAAAUUUUUAUCAUUCUUAAAAACGACAAGGAUUGAGUUCGGUUAUCUUUUCCGUUCGUGUAAGGUAAACUUCUUCCCGUCCAAAAACACAAAGGUCUUGGAAACGAGGUUAAAGGUAUAGGUGCUGCUGGGAAGGUUCGUAAUUAGUGACGUCAUAAAUGAAAAACCUGUAACAGAACAUUUGUCUGGAACAUAUUAUAGUGCCAGUGUGCGUCAAAGUAAAUUCAAGUGUGUUCGAGUUCAUUUUAUUUCUAGGGUGAAAAUGAGUGUGAAAUGCUCAUCGUUGACGACAUCAGAUCCUUAUCAUAUUCCUGGUUAUAUAGGAUAUUGUCCUCAAUUGAAGUAUCAAAUCGGUGAAACAUUUGGAAGAACAACAUCUCAGUUGCUAAAUGAUUCUCGUAUAGCUUCUUCCAAACAUCCAGUUCUUUCCGCUCUUCACCACGAACCUUCUCUGGAUAAAAGACAACAAUUAAUUUCACAACGUGGGGCGAGACUUGGGGACCAAAAACUUGUUGAUAAUAUGGUUCCUGGCUAUACAGGUUUUAUUCCUAGAAGCGAGCAUCACUUUGGUAAAAGGUACGCCGAUACAAGCCUCAAUGCUGUGGCGAAUUUUGAAAAUGAACAAGAAAAUAAUAGACGUCGUUCCCAAGAUUUACAAACAAUUCAAGAGUUGCAGUCUGGUGCAAGCAUUCCUUUUGAUCAACUGAAUGAAAAAACGAUAAACAAGGCUCAACAUAAGACUCCAUUGAAAAGUAUUCGUCAGCAUCCUGUUUAUUACUCAAGAAUAGCACCUCAAAAUUUGUUAUCACCAAUCGCCAUGAGCAACGAGAAUCCUAAAAAAUAUUUCAUGUCAGGAUAUACAGGAUUUGUUCCUCGCGCUAGGGGUUUUAUUGGCUGUAGUUAUCCCAGAAUAACCAAUAAAGGAUUAUGUUAUUAUACUGAUGAAUGUGAGCGAAUGAAAGAUAGCGAGUUCAAACCAGUGAUGGUCGAUCGUGGAAUUGUAAGAAAAAUUGAGAGCAAACCCCUUUAUCUAAAAGAUACAGGAAUGGUACCACAUUACACUGGUCAUGUGCCAGGUGAGAAGUUUCGUUAUGGUCAAACGUUUGGAUUUAGUACCAAGAAUGCUCGUAAACUUCUUGAAGUCAGCUAGAGGACGUGCUACAUGAAGUAUUAAAUUAUUAUAAAUAUUUUUUAUCUAUAUACAAUGUUUUCACCUUUCACUACAAACUGAACUUAUCACAACAUUUUCCUUAAAUAUAACAUUACGUCAUUAUAGAACACAA